AUGAAGUUUGUGUAUAGGUUGAGAGAGACUGAAAAGAAGAAAUUGGACAAGAGAAUUACCAUCAAUGUAGGAGGGCAGAGGCACGAGACUUGGGCCAGUACCCUUGAAAGGCUGCCUGGGACGCGCCUUGCCCUGUUGGCUAGCCUUCUUCAAGGAGACGAGAGUUGGGAUGAGGACCAUAAUGAAUACUUCUUUGACAGACAUCCGGGCGCUUUUGCAACCAUCAUCCAUUUCUACCGCUCCGAGGAACUUCAUCCCCAGGUGAACAUCUGUGGAAAUGUGAUGAAAGGGGAGCUGGAAUUUUGGGGCCUCACCGAACUGGACAUUGAACCGUGUUGCUGGGGUCACUACAGCAAGUUUAAAGAUCACAAAGACACACUAGCGGCUUUGGAUGAGAACUUUUCCAGUGGCUACGACGGAGAGUGUGCAUGGGGAGAAAAAGCUACAAACCUCCAAAAAUUUAAAGUAAAAAUAUGGCGCUUUCUGGAACACCCGGGAUCUUCAAGAUGGGCGCAGCUUUACGCCGUGGUAUCCAUGUUUUUCGUGGCGCUUUCAAUCGGGGUCUUCGUUCUGGAGACGCACGCCUUGUUCAGGGUUCCCCGGGAUGACGUCACCUACACAAAUACCAGUGACGUCAUACUUAUGGGGUACUACACCAUCAGAGAUGCUGGGACAUCUUGUUGUUGCCCAAAGAAGAUAAGUGCGAAUACUCUGGAGAAUACAAUUCCCCACCCCGCCAUGGUUAUUUUUGACUACAUAUGUGCCGCGUUCUUUACCAUAGAGUUGAUUCUGCGGAUUGCGUUCGCUCCACGAAAAGUGGCCUUUUUCAAAGAGUUGCUCAACAUCAUCGACAUGAUUUGUCUGAUUCCGCAAUUCACGGCCAUUAUUAUCAAAACUGUUAACCCGGAAGACACUCUAAGCUCUAUAUUCAAGACAAUUCUGGCUCUGCGAAUCAUAAGAAUACUGAGAAUCUUCAAGCUGAUGAAACAUUACAGCGGAUUCAAAAUAUUAGUGUACACUAUCAAGGUCAGCACCAAGGAACUUUUUCUCAUCGUCAUAUUUCUAUUUAUGGGCGUCUUAAUUUUCGCCAGUGUCAUAUUUUACUGCGACAACGUUACGUUUGAUAGUAUUCCCGUUGGGUUUUGGUGGGCGCUGGUCACCAUGACAACUGUAGGGUACGGGGAUAAAGUACCAAACACGGAAGUGGGAUACGUGAUUGGCUCUAUCUGUGUCAUCUGCGGGGUCCUCACAAUAGCCUUCACGGUACCCAUCGUGGUGAACAACUUUACUCUGUAUUACUCGCAUGCCCAGUCCCGUAUUAAACUUCCUAUUCAUAAGAGAAAACAAAUGAAGAAACAUCGGCAAAGUCGAAACCGAAAAGCGACCAUGGACUUCAUGAAGAAAGCCUUGAAAGUGGAUGAUUUUACCAACCUCGAUCAGAUUCAUUCUCCCCGGGACUCCGUCAAAAGCGGAACGAUUGACGUCCACGCGUCCCACAAUGGCGCUCAUCUGGAUACCAUCAGUGAAUCGGCGUCAGAGACGCUAACGACGUCGACCACAAUAGGCGUGGACAGCCCUCUGCCCUCCUCUAACCCUUCUCGGCUCCACACUGAGGACAACGUGGACGAAUGCAAGGAUAGUUCACGGAUCAGAACUGUUUGUGGGUCAGUCUUGGAUGACCGUGACCUUCGGCUGUCACUGGCCAUGUCAUCCAGGAUGUCGGAGAACUUCGGAUCUCAGCACCGGUUGGAGAGUGAGCAGUUGUUGCACGGGUUGGCAGACGCUAACCAAAAGUUAGAAGACGAGCGAGAGCGUCAGCUGGACCGUGUGAGACAGCGUCGCGACAAUCUUAGAAGUCAGCGAGUGGACAGCCGGGCCUCGCGUCCUUCCCCUUCGCCAAUCUCCAGAACAGAUCAUGACAAGAUGUGA